AUGUCCAUCAAACAUUACAAAAGACCUGCACAGGUUAAAGCAGAUAAUGCCCGCAUCGAGCAAGCGAACCAAGAGAAGGAAGAGAAGACCCAGAAGGGCAUUGAACAAGUUGCUGCUGCACAGGAAAAGCUCUCUCUUCAGCAGACUACAACCUUGGCUCCAAAGAAACCAUGUCCUCGUGCCAUUCCACAUGGUGGAAAGGCAACUCCAGAAAACACUCCCUCUGAAGCUGGACCUGCGGCUGCUGUUCAAUCAAGUCAAACAUCAGCUGGCGGUGAUGGUGGAGCCAGUUCGCAAGCUCAGGGAGAUGCAGGGGGAAAGCUUCAAGUUGACGAAGACGACAAAGAUCCUGGGGCCAUGCAAGGAAAGAGGAAACAGGUGCAGAAAACGGUUGCAUCGUGA